GUGUGGGCGUCCUCACAGAAAUCAAUCUUCAAUUGUGUUUUUGUGCUCAAAAAAUUUCCUCUUUUCUGCUUCACUGGACAAUGCCCUCCUCCUCUUGAUCACUUUCAUGUCUCUCCCCACCAAACGCUCUGCUACCACCACCGCCAACACCAACACCAACACCAACACCGCCGCCGCCAGCUCCGUCGUCUCUUCUUCACCCACUUCCAACCCCUCCUCCAUCUCUUCCCCUCCUAUGAAGAAAACCAAAUCCCAACCACUUGACCCCAACAAGAACGGCCUCCACCACCACGACCGCCCUUCUUCCAACAUUACUCCCGAUGACGCCGAUUUCGACCCUUCCUCCAUGGCCCUAGAUGAAGAUCUCAAGCCCGAUGACUCCCCUCUCAUUGGCGCUAGCCGCGCCGUUGCAACCAAUUUGUCGCGUAAGAAAGCCACUCCCCCUCAGCCUGCCAAGAAACUCGUCAUCAAGCUUGUCAAAGCAAAACCGACGCUCCCUGCUAAUUUUGAGGAGGAUACAUGGGCAAAGUUGAAAUCAGCCAUAUGUGCCAUAUUCUUGAAGCAACCUAAUUCUUGUGAUCUGGAGAAGCUUUAUCAGGCUGUUAACGAUCUUUGCUUGCACAAAAUGGGUGGAAACCUUUAUCGGCGGAUCGAAAAGGAGUGUGAAGUACACAUAUCUGCAGCAUUGCAGUCUUUGGUUGGGCAAAGCCCCGAUUUGGUGGUUUUCUUGGCAUAUGUUGAGAAAUGCUGGCAAGAUUUUUGUGAUCAGAUGUUGAUGAUUCGUGGCAUUGCCCUGUAUCUUGACAGGACAUAUGUCAAACAAACACCAAGUGUGUGCUCAUUAUGGGACAUGGGGUUGCAACUUUUCAGAAAACAUUUAUCUUUAUCUUCAGAGGUUGAGCACAAAACUGUUACGGGUCUAUUAAGAAUGAUCGAGAAAGAAAGGCUAGGUGAAGCAAUUAAUCGGACUCUCCUCAACCACCUUUUGAAGAUUACCGCACUAGGAAUAUACUCAGAAAGCUUUGAAAAGCCAUUCCUUGAAUACACUUUGAGUUUUAUGCUGCUGAACAUGAAACACAUUCAGCAGUCAGAUGUUUCAGAAUAUUUAAAGCAUGCAGAGGGAAGGUUGCAGGCAGAGCAAGAUAGAUGUUUGCACUAUCUUGAUUCAAGUACAAGAAAGCCAUUGAUAGCAACUACAGAAAGACAACUCCUUGAACGUCAUAUAUCUGCAAUUCUCGAUAAGGGUUUUACAUUGCUGAUGGAUGGGAACCGUAUGGGAGACCUUCUGAGAAUGUACACACUUAUUUCAAGAGUCAAUGCUCUCGAAUCAUUAAGACAAGCCCUUAGCUCGUAUAUACGAAGAACUGGGCAAAAUAUUGUCAUGGAUGAUGAGAAGGACAAAGAUAUGGUCUCAUCACUUUUAGAAUUUAAGGCUUCUCUUGAUACAAUAUGGGAAGAAAGCUUUUCCAAGAAUGAAGCUUUUUGCAAUACAAUAAAGGAUGCCUUAGAACAUCUUAUUAAUCUCCGUCAGAAUCGUCCCGCUGAACUGAUUGCAAAAUUUCUGGAUGAGAAGCUUCGUGCUGGAAAUAAGGGUACUUCUGAAGAAGAAUUGGAGGGUACACUGGACAAAGUGUUGGUUCUGUUCAGGUUUAUUCAGGGCAAGGAUGUGUUUGAAGCCUUUUACAAGAAGGAUCUAGCAAAGCGUCUACUUCUAGGAAAGAGUGCUUCCAUUGAUGCAGAGAAGUCUAUGAUUUCCAAACUGAAGACCGAGUGUGGUAGUCAGUUUACGAACAAACUUGAAGGAAUGUUUAAGGACAUUGAAUUGUCUAAAGAGAUCAAUGAAUCUUUCAAGCAAUCAUCCCAAGCGAGAACAAAGCUUCCCAUGGGGAUUGAGAUGAGUGUUCAUGUCUUGACUACUGGGUACUGGCCAACUUAUCCUCCCAUGGAUGUUAGGCUUCCCCAUGAGUUGAAUGUCUACCAGGACAUUUUCAAGGAGUUUUAUUUGAGCAAGUACAGUGGGAGACGUUUAAUGUGGCAUAAUUCAUUAGGCCACUGUGUGCUGAAAGCCGAGUUCCCAAAAGGUAAAAAGGAGUUGGCAGUUUCCCUAUUUCAGACCGUGGUCUUAAUGCUUUUCAACGAUGCCGAGAAAUUAAGUUUUCAAGAUAUUAGAGAAUCUACUGGAAUUGAGGAUAAAGAACUCAGGAGGACUUUACAGUCACUUGCCUGUGGAAAAGUUAGAGUACUACAAAAGAUACCAAAAGGUAGAGACGUUGAGGACAAUGAUUCAUUUGUGUUCAAUGAUGGAUUUACUGCUCCACUUUACCGUCUUAAGGUAAAUGCUAUUCAGAUGAAGGAAACUGUAGAAGAGAAUACGAGCACCACUGAAAGAGUCUUUCAGGACCGUCAAUAUCAGGUUGAUGCUGCUAUUGUUCGAAUAAUGAAAACCCGAAAAGUGCUAAGUCACACUCUUCUGAUAACUGAACUCUUCCAACAGUUAAAGUUUCCUAUAAAGCCAGCUGAUUUGAAGAAGCGAAUUGAAAGUCUUAUUGAUAGAGAGUACUUAGAACGAGACAAGAACAACCCUCAGAUAUACAAUUACCUUGCCUAAAAUCUGUCUCUUAUACACAUC